CAAUGUUUUAAUUUUUAUUAGUGUGGAACAAAAUUUUCAUUCACUUCACUUCGACACCAGCUGCUAUGAACAUAAGCGCCUUCACUUCCUUAAACUCACAACUCUCACCCGUUCUCCCAUUCGCCCCGCGCGCGUCCCCACAACGCGCCACCCUCUCCCUCUUUCCACCUCCUCUUCUCUCUUUUCCAAAAUCCUGCCAACGCCUCUCUCUUUCCGCCAUGUCUUCUCCUCCGACCACUACCGAACUCAGCGACGAAUCUCACUUCGAGACCCUCCUCUCUCCCGAUGAUCACAUCUCCAUUUGCGGCUUCGGCUCUCUCCUCUCCGAGCGAAGCGCACGAAGCACUUUCCCUGAUUUGCUCAAUUUCAGAAUCGCUAAGCUGAGUCACUUCCGUCGCGUUUUCGCUCAUGUUGCUCCUGUUUUCUUCGAACGCGGCAUUGCCAAACCAGAAACUAUGGAGAUUUCAAGCUUGAGUGUGGAGCCAUGUGAAGGAGAAACUCUUGUAGUAACAGUUUUUGAGAUAAGAAAAUCAGAGAUUCCAGAUUUCAUCAAGAGAGAGGUUGAGUUUCGGUUUCUUGCGGUUCUUCCUGAAACUCUUGAUGGAAAAUCUUAUGACAUUCCAGCGGUUCUUUGUGCUCGUUAUAGUGAUGAGGAAUUUCUCAACAUUAGAUGUAAAGGAAACAAGGAAACUUUGUUUCAGCAAUAUGGAAGGUGGAAUAUUGAUAAAAUUUGGAGAGAUGAUGUUUUUCCCUGCCGUGUCUAUCUUCGACACUGUGUACUUGCAGCAAAGAAUCUUGGUGAAACAGCCUACAACAAUUUUCUGGAUCAUACCUACCUUGCUGACCGCAAAACAACUAUUCGCGAGUACUUGGCGACAGCAGGUUCUGGCAUAAUGGAAGAGGAACCACCUGAAUCCCUCAAGUUCCGCUAUGGCGGAUGAUUAUUUCAACAGAUGUUUUCAUGUCAUUUGUAAAACAAUAUAUAUUCAGUAAUAAUAAGAAGCAUGAAACAAUUCA